UUGCAUCGUCUGUUUUACAUGUGAAGAAUUUCAUAAAAUGUCGAAUUUGAGGUACCUCAGACUGGACCGGGCUAACAUUCAGGGAAACACCGAGAAUCUUCUUCCAAAUUUGAGAUGGCUUGAAUGGUCAGCAUGCUGUUUGAUUUCUGAGCUAGGUAAUAUGCAUUUGAAGAAGUUAGUCAUUCUCGAUCUGUCUUGGAGUCCCGUCACUGAAGAUUCACAAGUCUGGAGACAAAUCAUGCAGAAGGUGGAUGAAUUGAAAGUCUUGAACCUCCAAGGAUGUGUUCAGUUACCUGCAUUAUUGAACUUUCGAGCUCCAAUCAAUUUGGAGAUUUUGAUACUGGAAGAUUGCACUCAGUUAUCUCAAAUUGGGCCAUUCAUUAGUAAUCUGAAGAACUUGAGUUCCUUAAAUCUGAGAAAGUGCAGCCGAGUCAGGCAGUUGCCCCUAGAACUGUGCUGCAUGAAAUCUUUGAGGGAACUUCUGAUUGAUGGAACUGGCAUUUACAGUAUAUGUUUCCCAGAAGGUUCUUUGGAGAAUCUUGAAAUACUUAGUGCUUGUGACUGUCAAUAUUUGCAAGAUAUAUCCACAAUUGGCCGCCUAAGGAGUCUCUCAAGUCUUGCUCUGGAUGGUGCUGAUAUCGAUGGGCUUCCAUAUAAUGUUGAAUUUCUUCAAAACUUCGGAGACUUUCUUUAAGGAAUUGUUGGAAGUCGGGUAAACUUCCGACUUCCAUCGGGAAGCUGAAGCUGCUGGAGUUAAUGGACCUUUCAUACACUGGAAUCAUGAAAAUGCCAUGGUCAGUUAAGGAUUUGAGGAACUUGAAGACGCUAAAAAUGGCGCACACUCCCCUACGAAAAUUUCCUGAAGAUAUCGUGAACUUAGAAAACCUGGAGGAGAUAGAUUUCUCCUGCUGCAGUUUGGAGGGUGAAGUUCGUUGCGAUAUUUCAGGAUUAUCCUCUUUGAGAAUUUUGAGAUUAUCAUCACCUGAUGUUGUUGAGCUGCCUCCGAGCAUUUGCCAUCUCUCACGCCUCCAAACCCUGGAUCUACUCGACUGCGACCAACUUCAGGCUCUACCAAAGUUGCCCUCCAGUUUACUCAGUCUCGUUUGGGGAUCCAAAGAAAUGAUAGUCCCUGACUUGUCAUAUCUGACGAAUCUGAAAGAGCUACUUUUGAAAGAGGUUGAGCAGCCAGAAGCUGAAUGGCCAAUGAGGCUAUUGAAUCUAAAGACUCCGAAUAUUGGGUGGAUCGCAAGAUUACCAAGUCUAGAGACCUUGCAACUGUCCCUUCCAAUGGUCACCAAUCUCCCCGGGAACUUCGGUGCCCUUACUCAGCUCCAGGAGCUCUCUUUAUCCUACAUGAAGGAGCUAGACCUCACAUGGCUUCCCUCGACUUCAAGCUUAUCGACUCUGCGUCUCAAACAUUGCACAAUUCAAGAGCCAAAAUUUUCUGGUCUGAAGUAUCUGUCAGAACUGGAACUAGACGACUGCGAUUUAGCAAAGAUUGACGGUCUUGAAAAUUUAAAGUUUUUGGAAGUCCUGAAAAUUUCCAAAUGCAGCAUAACAAACCUUGAUGGGCUCAAAGAUCUACCCCGUCUCAGGAAGGUGCAAGUUUUCUCUUGUGAUCUCGCCAGUCUAUCAGAAUUACGUGAAUGUGACUGUGAAGUGGACAUUCGCAGUUAGCCUAUGCCUGUAAGUCUAAGAAACUGGAGGGCGACCUCUCUAAGGUACAUGCUCCAGUUCUGUUUAUAAGUCUUUUUAACCGAAAGAAAGUUGGAAUUACCAUUUCCGCAAAUCUCUUAUGUGUAUAAUGCCUACGCUCGAAUUGCUGCAUAUAUUGUCGGUGUUAUAUUUGUCCUGUUUUUUAUGAAGGUGCGAUUCACCAAACACCAUUUACCGUUAUUUGAAGCCUGCAGGAUACAUCUAAAAGCCGUCCACUGCCACUCAACUCUUCGAUCACGAUAAGAAAGAGACGACAAAGGAGAAAAUAAGAUCCGGCAUCCAUGGGCGACAUUGCAAGGACCCGGCAAUUGUGAGCCAUCACAAGCCCGUGUUUUCGUCGACUCUGCUGGGAAAAUUCAUCCUGAACACCGCCUUCAGUGUUGCCAUUCUCCAUCUGAGUUGAUCAAGUUGUCGGGUUCCUGAAUCUCCCGGAGUUGAUUAUAGGAUGGUGAUGACGAAAGUUUCACCAAGACGGAGGCUUUUGUUUUCUUUUGAUCAAUUUAUUGCACAUGAAUUUUUACUAAUGUAAUAGACAUAAUGUUCGAUCUUACAAGCUAAAAGAUGUCCAGUCUGUUCCUUAUUCAUUCUCUGCAUUUGCUAUCAAAGCCUCUCCUUCUCAAGGAUGAAAAAAGUUGGAAAAAUCACAAGAAUAAAUGAGACCUUUCUUUGAGGUAAUUUUAGAAUUAACC